AUGAGUAGACCAGCAGAGGAGCAGUCUGAUAGAAUGACGAAUAUAUUAGAAGAAAGAAUAAAGAGUGCACUGGAAAAGAAAGGAAAAGAAGCCACACCACAAGAGAUGUGGCUGGCUUCAUUUGAUUUAUUAAAGGAGACAGUUGAGACAAUGGGUGCGUAUACAGAGGAGUGUCUGAAGAUAUCCUGUAAGUAUGCGCCAGAACAAUUAGGGGACUUAGCAAACCCAGUGAGGGUGUGUCUUAAUAAGAUAUCUCACUCUACGAAUGGGAACAGUUGGAGUGACAAGGGGUUCUUUACACUUAUGCUUAAGGCCGUAUGUACACCUGAGGCGUACACUGACCAGAGCAUUAUAGAUAAUAUAAUUGUUCUGUGUACUGUAAAGUCACCUAAGAUCAGGAAGAGAGCUAUUCCUGUCCUACGCCGGAUAAUUAUACACGAAGAAAGCAGUGGUACCACAGGAGGGAGUAUUACAUUCUCUAAGCUAGUGAUGACAGUAGAAGCACUAUCAGAAGUUAAUUUAGAGCACUCAGGCAGGGUUAUUUCCAUACUGAACCAGUUCAUGCGGGAGAUUACUAAAUACGGAAUGGCUGAGAGUAUGCUAAAUAUCGCAGUAAAACUACAGAGGGAGAGUAAGUCCGUGAGCGUACAGGCAAUUACAUUUGCAGAAGCAAUUUUAAAGAGUACCCCACAGGAAUUAUUAAGUACACACUUAGAGGUUGUAGAGGAUGCACUAUCAAAAGGAUCUGAUAAAGAAGAUGAAAUAUGCAUUCUUAUAAAUUACGUAUCUGGUGUGAUGAGGGCCAGUGCGGGCGUGUCCCUUCAGAUGGGAUGUGAAUUUAUUGUAUCAGAGACCUCUGCAGUAGAAGAAGGCAUUAAAGAAAUCAUAAAGGAGCACAUAUCAAAGAAUAAGAAAAUCACACAGGCGGUGUACGAGUCACUGCACAAUUUAUUAUUAUCACUUAAGGGACGAGUAUCUCUGUUCACUAAGCUUAUAGUUGUACUAGCACAGUACUGCUAUAAUGAAGAGGAUGUAAGGAUGAACAAAAGCAUAGAAUUAAUUAUAGGGAAUAUAGGCGUGGACAGGUUCAUGUGGAGUGUUAAGGAGAGAGAGUUCUUCUACUGGCUGCCCAUGAUAAAGUCAGCAGUGCACUCAUCGGAUAUUGAAGUGUUUAUACGCAGGUUUAUGCCUGAGAUAGAGGUAGAGAAGAGGAAUGAGGACAGUACGCAGUAUGAAGCACUUUGGUCAUGCUUCCCUUCAUUCUGUCGGGGCAUGAAGGAUUCAAAUGGAGUGUUUUCUCAUUUUGUACGGCAAUUACCCUUCUUCCUGUCGAAUAAUUCAGUAACUGGAUAUAUCGCACAGGGUAUAACAAUCCUUAUAGAAGAAGCACACAGGCAUAUCGGUGCUGACCCAGAAACAACCACCCUUAAGACAAAUAUUCUGAAGACGUUCUCUAUUGCGGUCGACUUAUUCGAGCGACUCGUGCUUAAGUUCAAGCAGACACAGGCAGAGAAUGAGAGAGACGCACUCCGGUCAUUCACAAAGGUUUUAGACAGUGCAUGGCAGAGGAAGUACUAUGCGAAUAUCAUAGAUACGGCAUUCGUAUUCUCAGGAGAGUUCUUCACGGGGGAGUUAAAGCCUGAAAUAAACAGGAAGGAGAAUGACGUGCCUGCACCAGAGAAAGUAUUCAUUGAGAAUGCACCCCUCCUGGAAAUCGUAGCGCAUCAGUACGUUAAAGACACCAAGUUCACUGAAGGUGUGCUCAGAUACGUCAUAUCCACACACUUACGGACACAGAAGAUGGGGUAUAAAGUACUGCUGGCACUCGUACAAGGUGGAUUCUGCCCCAGGUCACUGUGCGACUUCUUCUUAGACCAGCGAACAGAUGACGUCUUAUUCCAGUGCAGUAGGCAUUUACGACUCUCUGUUAUAUACGAAAUACUCAAGAGGCAUAACAUAACAGAAGGUGUGCCUCUGUGCAGACUCGUAUUCGAAAUGGCCAGAGCCGUCCGGACAGAAGGUGGCCGUAACAGGAGUGUAUCAUUUGACAUAAUAAAUGAAAUGGCAGCCACGUACUCACCAGGCGUACUUGAUGAAGUAGCUAAAAUGAUCAUGGCAGGUAUCCCCGGUAAGCCAGUUGAUUACCAAGCAGGUGCAGUGGCCAUCCUCUCCUCGCUCUUCUACCAGGGAAGGGAGAAGGUUUCUAUUGAAGUGGUUGAAAUGGCCAUGGGCAUAAUUGAAGAUCUCUCAGCAGAGAAUAAGUAUGCUGUAGGGAAGGCUUCAAUCGGGUUCUUAUCCAUUGUACUUAUAGAGAUGGACCAGAUAAAUAAGUACUUAACAAGAGCACUCGUCUGCCUGGACAGGAUCAUCUUCCACUUUAAGCUGAAAUUAAGUGAGAACCUGAAAUUAAUCUUAAGAAAGAUUGUCGAGAAGAAGGGGCCUUCUGUCUUAACACCACCACAGACUGAGUUAAUAAAGCAGCGGUCCUCAGCGUAUAAGCAAGAAGAGGAGCAAAGAAUUGUCGUGGAUGGAGACGGUAAAAUGCGAAUAAAAGACCAGAAAUUCAUUAAGAACAACAGACAAAAAAGAGUAAAGCGGUCUUAAUAAGUGCAGUUACAGAAUAAAUAAACAAACAGA